AGCAACAAAAUAGCACAUGCAGUACAUAAUCUGCUACCUCAACUGAAGAAAGGUUCUUUCUCUCAUAUGCUGCUGCGAUUGGCGUCAAGUCUCACCUUUGUGGAAUGGUCAUAAGGUAGUGCAUAUGGGAGAGUACUGGUGAGUUCUCCCUUGGAGAUAUUAUCUAGGGAAGAAAUCUAACCCCAAAGCAGGAUAUCAUCUUGAAUCUCGCCUAGUGUUCGUCCCUCGAGCCGUCCCUCUCUUGCAUCUUUAUACCCUUCGAUCCCAAAGCAACAUCGAGCCUUCCUUCAAUUUCUUCUUCAAGCGUCAUGUACGAAUAUACUGUGUGCGCGAACAUGUUUUGGCACACACUUCCAAUGGGUUGGUGACGAUACAAUGGCUGAAACUAUGACUGGUUAUAUCGAUGUGUAGGUACACUACAAUGGGCAAUUGCAGCUCGGGCAGCCCCCAUUACCAGAUAUUGUUGAACUUGAACGCAGUAGGACAUUCCUACUGCCACACCGUCAAAUCAAGCGGUUUCGUAAAGACAUGAAGUCUACAUUUACAACAGGGCUUGCCCAUGAAAAUACAGUACUUAUUCUCUUGCUGCAAACCAUAUCGGCCAUCUCCACUUCCUAUUGCCAAAAGAGGAGACUCGAUUCGAAGUUUCAACCCCUGAACGUGGGGGUACAUUGGACUGGAGAACUUGGAAGAAAACCCCUGAUCUGGGAAAAGCGCCUGAUAUAAGCAAGAUGAAAACUCGUUACGUCAUCAAACACUUUGAGCUGAGAAUGGCUCUCAUGCUGGUGGAGAUUGUUACUGGAAAUCUCACAAGACCACCCACGAGAAAAAGCAAUUUCGAAUCAUGAUCUGGUCGAACAUGAAGCCAUUGAAGGCUGAUUUAGUGCAUCCGCUUGAGCGCCAACGGCCGCCACCCUGGCUCCUUAUCCAACCAAGCUGGAGUAGUUGCUCCACCUUUUUAGUGAUGAGACCUGGAGAAGAACUUCUCCUAGGUACUAAUUCGGUGUAGCGUCGGGAAACUGCAUGUUUUUGGUUGUCACGAUAAACUGACCCAACACAUACAGAAACAACCUCCCCAAUUCUCUCUCUCAAGCUGCCACUUCUCCUUUAUAGACCCUAUAUUUCCCUCUUCAACUCUUGUGGCAGGCAGCGUUGCACAUUUUCAUGCCACCAUCAGUAGCACCACAGCUUUAACCGGACUCUGCGCAACGUACCUCGGAUAGACGAGAAACAUUCCCCAGCUUCAAGCACAACGUCGAGCCUUGAUCUUGCGACCUCGGCAGACUCAAAAUUACUAGUCUUGAGACUACUGUAAUAGAUGAAAGACCUCCUGUUGGUCAUCUCGAAAUAUGCGGCCAACAGCGUCACCUAGCGAUUCUGCCAUUUCCGUUCUCUCCACACAAGCGCUGAACCCCUCCAAACCAUUCUCCGAACUAUCUCCAGAAGAACAAGCAGCACAAGAUAUUGAGAACAGCGAUGCUGUGCAGCAGGCACAACAAGAGAUUGAUGUUGAUUCUGGGAUCGAUGGACAGUCAGAUGCAGGCUACGAAACGGAUUCCUUGUGGUCUGCCAGCACUUCCAUAGCUUCGUCGAUCAGAGAUUACGCUUUUGAGAAUGGCCACAGAUAUCACCGAUUUAGGGAAGGGGCGUACAACUUUCCAAAUGAAGAUAGCGAGCAGGAAAGAGAGGUGAUGAAACAUACCAUGGUAAUGAACUUAUGCCAGAGACAUCAUUUUGCGCCAAUUGGCCCAAAUCCAAAUAAUAUUCUUGAUAUGGGUACUGGUACAGGUGUCUGGGCCAUUGAAAGUAAGCUCUUAGCUGCCAUAAACGUGGCAGUGAUACUGAUUACUUUUUCCAGUGGGUGAUUUGUAUCCGAGUUCAAACGUUCUUGGUGUUGACUUAAGUCCGUAAGCAUAUUCCAUUCCAAUUCCACAACGCCAUUUUCUCGGACUUUCGAGGUUCAGUUUCUGCAAGUUGUGUUUAGAUUUUGCAUUCUUGGGCAGUUUCAAUUCUCAAGCGGAUCUCUACUAACACUUGUCAUUGCAGAAUACAAUCUGAAUGGGUUCCUCCCAAUGUACAAUUUAUGGUAGAUGAUGUGGAAGAUACGUGGUUAAAACCAGAGAAUUAUUACGAUUACGUUCAUGCCCGACAUACAGUAAUGGCGAUUAAAGAUUGGCCAAAAUUAAUGAAGAAUGUUUUCGAGUGAGCAAACGUAUUCUCGUCUGUAUCAUUAAAACUAACAAAGUGGUUCUAGUCAUGUAAAGCCCGGCGGCUGGUUCGAACUCCAAGAAGUCCAUCACUAUCCUUACAGCUCCGAUAACAGCAUACCUGCCGACAACCUCGUAGCACAGUACUGGAGCUUCGUCAUCGAGGCUCUCUCAAAUUUGGGCGUCGAUUUCAACGCCACACUUCUUCUCGAAAAAAUGAUGCGCGAGGCGGGAUUUGUGAAUGUUAGCACUACACUAUUCCAUGUGCCUAUUGGGCAAUGGCCAAGGAACAAGGUCUUGAAGAGUGUUGGAUUAUAUUGGCAGAGGAUUCUGAUAGAUGGGUUACAACCGAUUGCCAUGGGGCCGUUGACAAGAGGUUUGGGCUGGAGUAGAGAUCAGGUGGAUGUCUAUCUCGUAGGUGUGAGGAAGGCGUAUGAGAUGGGUGGUCCGCAUUAUUGGAUGCCUUUACAUGUUAUUUGUGGGCAGAAACCUGCGUAGACGGACUUAAAGGUUGGGAUGGCUUGGAUAUUGGACUCUCAGCAACAAGAGUCGUGCAGAGGCUAAAUCUAGAUGGGAGAAUAGAUGUUCCGAUACCCCGCCUUCGCGUUCAGUUCAUGAUAUAUACCAGCCACAUUCAGUAUCUUAUGUGUCAUGUGUGCGUGUGGUAGUACUUUGUGCUCUCGAAAUACUUCAUAGUUGAGCAGAGUGUUACAACAUGAUGCAAUGACUUCGAUGGUGGUUGGUCAAUGAUGGAAGGAAUAUGUUGGAAAAAAGCAGGGUUUGACUGCAUGAUGUUUUGUUAAUGACUCGUUAGUCAGGAUUGGUAAGUUUUGUGCGAUUCGUCAUUUUCUCUCCCCUUUUUUCUUUUUUUAUGUUGUGAUGAAAAAGAAUUUUUAAGGUGGUCUCUUUUUUUAUCGCCUGAGAGUGGGGUUGGUUAUUACCGAGUAAAUAGGCAUGAAACUUCUUGUUGUAAUGUCCGGUUGUUGACUGAUUUGUCUUUUAUUAGCGAGCUGUCUCUUUGCCGCUGACGGAGAGUGCGGCUCAUUUUUCUACAUCUUCUGAUGCCAAUUCGACAGUCAAGACUGAGCCUCUCCGACUGGGAAAAAACUCCCAGCCACCCAAACGCACCCCCCCACCACGAUCCGAUUAAUACAGCGGGGAAACCCCGUGUUGGAGGUGGGAAUUUGACAACGAACCAUGCAACCCCGAAGGAGAAAGA